AUGAAAACAUUUGCUUUUUUACACAAACUAAAUGUGAACAAAAGAAAUAAGCAAAAGGAUGUUUUGUUUUUUUCCUUAUAUAUGAGCGAUGCUUUUAUUUAUAUCGGAUCUACAAAUGGAAGGAUAUUCAUUUUUAAGAAAAAAGGCACGCACUUAUUUAGGAAAAUUAUUUUUGUUAAGGUCAUUAGAAAUUUUACCACCUCCGUUGUAACGAAGAUAUGCGUCUUGCAAAAAUUUAACCUACUAAUUAACGGAACGGAUAAUGGAAAUAUUUUUCUAAUAAACAGUAGAAGAAUUCUAAAAGGGAAAGAGGAGGAUGAUGAAGACGACAACGAAACAGAGGAACAUGAAGCGAAGGAGAAUGACGUAGGGGAAGAAAAUGAAAAACAAAAAAAAUACAGAGUUACAAAGUUGACAAACGAAUUCCAUAAAAGUGCCAUAACGAGUAUAAAUUACUUAGUAAAGGAUGAGGAAAAUUUGAUUUAUUUAUUUGUUGGAGACCUAGAAGGUGUACUGACUUGCAAUAUUUUAAAAAAGAGAAAAAAAAAGAUAAGAAAUGAAGGAAGCAUAUUACUUAUAGAUAAAUUGAAUGGUUGUGUUAAUAAUGUUGAAAUUUUACGAAACUUAAUUUUAGUUACUUGUGAAAAAUUUAAUGUUAUUAUAAAUUUUCAGGAUAUACUUUUAAAAAAAAAAAUGAAUUUAAAAAACAUAGGGAAAACAGAAAACAGCAGUUAUUAUAAAUCUGUGUUUUGGAAUAAGAAGAGAAAGAAUAUUAUGAUUUUAAGUUUAAGAAAAAAUGGUCGAGUGUGGCUGAGCAAUGAGGAGAGAGUAUUAAAUACCUUGGUCUUCUACUACUCCUUUUAUUAUUUCUUCUACCUUUUUUUCUUCCAUUUAGGGUAUGGCGAUGGGGGCGAUGGGAUAAGAGGCCAUAGUGAUAGCCAUAUCAGCAGAAGGCGUAAACCCACUUGUGAUGAGUUCGCCUCGUUUAACUUGUAUAAAAAUUACUUCCUGAAUAACAAGUACUUUGUCAAUUUGUUGGAACACAUUUUAGCAAAAAUUUCAAAUUACCGCAUGCCUUUAAAACCAAACUUAAAUGUAUGCUAUAAGAUUAAUAGCUCAUAUUUUGUUUCUUUUGAGCAGACAAAUCCAUUUAUCUUUUUGAAGAACCUCAACGAAAAUGCUUCUAGCAAAGCUGAGAAUUAUAACAAAGAAGUAGACGUAGAUGAUGAUGCAAAAUUGGAAAGAUUGGAAAAAUCCAAUUUGAAAAAAGACAUUAAUGGAAUUAAGAAAUUUUUAAAAAAUAAAAUGGUAGAGGAAAAAAAUGAUGAAAAUAAAAAGUGCUUAUCAUAUAUUAUGAACAAUUUUAAUGACCCAAAAGAUAUAUGGAAUAAGUUAAGAAGUAAAAAAAUAUUUAUUAUUAAUAUUAAAAAUAUUCAAAUACACGAAAUUUUAGAUAUUCAUGUCAAUUUUUCAUAUCCAGUGGAAAAAAGUUCUACUCCUUUUAUUCAAGCAGAAGCAAAUAGUAAUAAUGAAAAACUAUUAAAUGAGGGAAGGAAUAAAAAAGAAGAAACAAAUAACGAGAGUGUUAUUUUUCAAACCACAUGCUUUUACUCACAGGGAGAGGAGUAUAAUGAACAGCGGAUCAACAGCAGGACAUGUAGCAAAGGAGAAAAUAUUCGAAGAAACAAAAAUGACAAAGUAAGAGUAAACUCUAAUGAAUACAUUAAUAGUAAUGAAAACAAAAUGAAUACCUCUGCAAGCGAUGCAGUGCUAAACAGUUCGAUUUAUGAGAACAAUGAUACAGGUCAAAAUGACAAUGAUCAUGAGACCAACGGGAGCAGAGGAAAAAAAAUUUCUACUAAAAAAUAUGAAGAAGGGGAAAAUAACUACCUCAAAAGAUUAUUAUAUAAUUCGUAUUUCAGGCAAGAUAGAAUUGUCGACUCUUUUCAGUUAAAAAAAAAAGUGUUUCUACUAUAUUAUAAUGACAACCUGAGUGACGAUUCAUAUUUUGCGCUCAACAUGAAUGAUGGAAGCCGCAUGUUCCCCUCGUUCAAAUUCGUGCACGGCGGUCCGAACGGAAGUGGAGAUGCGAAUUGUAGAAGUGGUAAUAGACGCAAUGAUUAUAGUAGGAGUGAUGAUAGUUGCAAUGGCGAUGGUAACAACAGCAGUAACAGUGGCAUCAGUGGUGGAGGACUCUGCUUUUAUUUGUGCGAGGUAUAUUUCGAGGAGAACUUAGAAUUAUUUAAAUACCUACGAUUCCACAUGGAAAAAUUAAAUACAUUAGAAGAGUCAUCCUUGCAUAUUUUAUAUUUAUAUGUAAUUCUAUUUCACGAUUACUUGAGGGAGAGGAAAAGUAUGUAUGAUAGUAAUUUUUUUUUCUUCAUUGAAAAAAGCUUUAUUCAAUUUGAUGAAAUGCAGCAUAUAGUUAAUUUAAACGAUAUAUUACUUAAAAAUAUACAGUUGAUGAAAACUAAUAUAAAAAUGGUCUUUUCCUUCUCAAAAAACGGAGUAAGAAGUAGCAUUUUAACGGACAAAAAUUAUAUAUAUAAUAUGAUUUUUGCGGAUGAAAUAUAUACUAGUAGUAGCAAGCUUCAUUAUUUUCAUUAUAAUAUGAAAAAAAUAAAAAAAUUGUAUAAUAUAAUGAAAAUUGUUAUUACGAAGUUCAAGUACAUAUUUUUCAAUAUUAUUAACCACACCGUGUUUGCAAAUUUACACCCUAUUCAGGGGGAGAUAGAGGACAAUGCAGUUGGACAAAGGGAGGAAGAGACAAAAGUGGAAGAGGCAAAAGAGGAAGAAGAAGAAGAAGAAGAAGAAGAAGAGGAGGAAAAGAGGAAAUCCCAUAUCAACCUCUUGAAAUUUAUGAUUUUCAUUGAAAGUAAUAAUUAUCAGUUGUUUAUAUUUUUAUACUAUUUUUAUUUAUUUUUAAAUCUUGAGCUUGUUAUUACUACGUACACCUGUAGAAACUUUACGCGAUUUACGAAUUUUCCGCUGUACCUGGGAAGAAGGGGAAACACUGCAGAGGGGAAGCAGAGUAAAGGUGAAAAUAAAAAUGAAAAUGAAAAACGGAGUGAAAUGCCAAGUGAAAGACAAAUUGAAAAACCAAGUAAAAUUACAAGUAAAAUUACGAGUAAAAUUACGAGUAAAAGUAAGAAUGUAAUGCAAGAUCAACCACAGAAGGGACCGAUUUCUUUCGACGAACAGAUGCACAGCGACGGAAAAUUCCUUGUAACAAGCAGAUACCAUGCAAAAGAGUUGUAUCUAGGAUUGGUUAACGUUUUAUCCGAAAAGGUUUUCUGUGAUAAGAGAAGAGGCAUCAGUGUUAGGGGAGAUCAAAAAGGAGAUGAGGAAAAACCUACUGCUAUAAUCGGUUUAACGACAAAAAAAAAUAAGACAAUAUGGAAGCAAGACGAAAUGAAGUACAAACAUAAAGCAACAGUAUUAAGUAAUUACUUUCUAAAAAAUGAAAAAAUAUACGAAUUAUGUUUAUUCUCAUCGCAAAUGUGUGCAAAUAAUUUACAUAGGCUGAGUUUAAAAUUAGAGAGAAGGCAGAAUAGACAAAUGUGUACUACACUGCUAAAUCUCCUUGAGAAGGUUAAGAAGAAAUAUCUUUUUUUCAAAUUGAAUAAAUCUAUUUCUACUACUGGGUAUAUGAAAAUUUGCCAUAAUUUUUUUCUUCUUCUCUUUUCUUUUUAUAUUUAUAAAAAGAAGGAGCAACAACGCAAUUUCUCGAAGUUUAAUCGGGAGGUGAUAUUUUCAAAAUGGAAUAGAAAUAAAAAAAAAAAAAAAAAAAAAAAUAUGAUAAAAGUGAACAAAAAGGAAUUCAUCGUUCAGCUAUGUAAAAGGGAAUUAUUCAAAAUAAUUUUUUGCAAUAAACUAAAUUUAAGUAAUACAUAUUACUUUAAAAAAAAUGAAUAUAAUUAUGAUGUUUUACUUACAAAUGACCAAGUUGAAAGGAGGCAGAAAUGUGAACCAACGUGCACUACCUGCUGUGCAGAUAUGCUCUGUAAGGACGCUUUUUUUAUGAGUGAAAAAUAUAAUAAAAUUUUAAAAACGUACCAUUUAACUUACCAUUUAAGAAAAGCGUAUAACAGUAGAAAGUAUUUGCAAAAUGGGAAGGAAAAAAUGAGUAUUCAUAAAUUUUUAAAUUUCACAAAAAGGUUAUACUUAUUUGAACAAGUGAUAGAAGGAGUAUAUAUCAUAAAUUUAAAUGAGAUUAAUCAAAUAUUUGAAUAUUUGUUUUUAUACGAAACGUUUUUCAAAAUGAUGAACAGUGAUAUGCUUUUAUUCUUUUUGUAUAAAAAUUGUAGUUUCAACAGUGAAAGGGAUAAACUUAUGAGGAACUUAUUUCAUCAUGACCACUGUGAUGACCCAAGUCAUGGUUAUCAUCGCCGUACUUUACACAUCUUAUCAAAUAAAGAAAUGAUUUUUUUCGAAAAAUUAAAUAAACAGGUGCAAAGUAGUAACAUAUUACUACUAGAUGUCUUGUUAAGUGUUUAUCAUAAUUUAUCAACUAAAGCAAAUGUUGACUUUAAAUUGCUGAGCGAGGAAGCGGAGGAAGCGGAGGAAGCGGAGGAAGCAAAGAUAGUGAACAGGGUGGAAGAACGUGGUGCACAGGACCAAGUGAUCAAUGUAGCUGACUCUUUUUUGUUCAGCUUCGAGGGUAAUAAGUACCACGAAAAUUAUAGUUAUAGCAGUUGUAAUAGUGGUGGAUAUGUAAAAAACGACAACAACGGGGAAUGCUUGUACCAAUGGAGGAGCAACAGGGUUGUAGUACAAGGACAACGUAGACAUGAAAAAGUAUAUUCAUAUUUAAAAAAAAAAAAAAAGAAAAAAAAUAUUAUAAAACAAAAUGAUGCCCAUAAUAUCAUGUCACACUACUUUAGUGGAAAAUACAAAAAAUUGUACAUUUAUAACCUCAAGGUGUUAUUAGAUGUAUACGUUAAAUUAAGCAGUUUGUACAGGAGUAAUAAUAAAAAAGUUGACCAUCACAAGUUUGUUUUCUUUAAAAACUUGAAUAUUGUUCAUUUUGUUAACAUUGCUCAUUACUUAUGUAGGGAAAUAUACGAGUACAGCUUGUACCUAAAGAGAAGGAAGUUACAAAGAGAAAGAAACAAAAAUAGGGAGUCAUAUAAUAAUGGUGGCAGUAGUUAUCUGCAUAAAUAUAUCUCUACUCGCUUGAGGAAAAAGCAUUGUAGAGAUAGAGUUAUUAAACAUAGUGGUAUAUUCAAUUUAGCACUAAGAAACAACCAUAAUAGUCUUUUUAAUUGCUCAUAUGUAUACUGUUUGUAUAGGAAGUGGAAAUAUAUAUACAGACAGUGCUUGACCCAUAAAAGGGUAAUGAAUAAAUUAAACAGUUCACCAAAAAUUGGUAUGGUGGGGAAAAAGUAUGUCACUAAAAUUUUAUACAAUCAGUGGAAUGAUCACUUAUGUUACGAAUUUUUACAAUAUUUGAGAAGACAAUAUAAUUUUAUAAAUGGGUUGAAAAGAAAAAAAAAAAAAAAAAAAAAAGUCAUUUUAUAUAAAUUUAUAUUCUUGUUAAUUUUAUUAAAAUGGAAGAAGUCCUUGUUUUUGUUGCUACAUAUAUUGAGAAGAAAGCAGCAAAAAGAGAUUAUUUUUUUCCUGCUACUAUUUAUUAAAUAUCCUCUUCAAAAAAAAAUAAAAAAUAGCGGCGUUAAUAGGGGUCUUAAUAGCGGUGUUUUUGGUAACUUAUAUAAAAAUAGUAGUAGCAGUAGCAGUAGCAGUAGCAGUAGCAGCAGCAGCAGCAGGCGCAGUGUAGCGUCCCGCUUGGAAAAGUGCAUAGAUCACCUCUAUGGUAGUUGUAUUAGUUAUAUACCUAAAAAAAUGGUAAAUUUUGAAAAUUGUGUCUUAAGCUUGUUAUUACGAGUAGGCAGUGGCAGUAGCAAGGGUAGCAGCAACUACUGCUUUGUAAUGGUGUUAAUUAUAUUUAACUUUUUUUUUGAAAAAUCAUUUUUUUUUGAAAAUAUGGCUUUAUUUAGCUCAAAAAGGAAAAUUCUCAAUAAAUACUUUUUGCUGCAUUUUUUUUUUUUUAAAAAAGGUAUCUUUUUAAGAGAGAAUAUUUUUUCAAAAAAUUUUUUUAGAACAUUUCACACGUGCGAUAAUUUUUUGUUUUCACACUAUUCCAUAAUUCAGGGAAUUUUACAAUUUUGUUAUAAAUUAAUAAAUUUUGAAAAUGAAGCAAAUUAUUUAAUUAUGGUAAAUAAUUCCUUAUAUUUCCAUUUUGCAAAAUUUUUAUCCUUUUUUAACAUUGAUUGUAUAUAUCUUUUGUACUAUCACUUUGUUUUUUUUAUGCUGAUAUCCUAUUUGUAUAUAGGCUAUUUUGUAUAUUUCAAAUAUUUUUUGCAAUUUUUAUAUGAUGCAUUUUAUUUGCUGCUAUAUAAGUUAAAAAAAUUAAAUCGUGAAAGGAACGUCUGCACGUCGGUAGAUCAUAAUAAUGAAGAAGUCAAUCAGGUGGACUGCAGCAUGGACUAUAUAAGUAAUAACGAAAAGUAUUUGUAUAUGAAGAAUCAAAAUAGUAGUGUAUGUUGCGUUAAUCACUUUGAUAAGGGGAAAGAAAGAAAAGUACAGUGUUCAUUCUACUGUCCAAAUGUUGAGAACAUAAAGGAGGUUUCCUUAGCCACUACUGCUAUAUCGAAUGAUGAUUGUUCUUUUGUUUACAAUGGGAAGGUGGGUGCACGAGUGAAAGGACGAUGGAGCGGACAACGGAUCGAACGAAGGAAUGGACAAUCGAACGAAUCACAGUGGCCGACGGGGGAUAAGUCCAAUUACUUUUGCAAAAUAUUUAACAUAAAUCUUGAGAAAGACAAGAAUAAAAAAGUCGACUUUUCGGAUGAAAAGAUACUAACGAGUGUAAAUUAUUUUAUUAAUUUUUUUUAUGAGUUAUUGCUAAAAUUUUUAUGUGAAAUAAAUUUCAAAGCAUGUAAUAAAAGGGUUGAGCUCUUUAUAUUACCGAAUAAUAAAAAUGCAGAUAUAUACAUAAAAAUUAAUGAAUUUAUAAAUUCCUUUUAUGGAAAGUGUACCUUAAUAUAUAGCAAGUAUAAUGAAGAAGAGAUUAAUAAUUUAUACCAAAACGGAAAGGCGGAUAUAAAAAGAGAGCAUAGUUUUUUAAUUGUACAUAGUAUUAACGACAACAUUUACAUAUUUUUACAAAUAUUUAACGUGCUUUUCAGUAUUUAUCAUUGUUUACUUUGUGUAAAACUAAGUUUUAUAAAAAAAAAAAUGGUUUUUGUAAAUAAAAAGAAGCAUUACAGAAAAUUUAUUUUAACCAUAAUAUGUGUAUUAUUUUUUCAUAUUAUAAAAAUGAAGAGGAAAAAGUCGCACGAAAAAAAAUAUAUGCUAUUAUUUUUUAACAAUAGUUGUAUUAACAGCAAAGGGGAAUGUAUUUUUCAUAUAAAAAAGGAAUUAAUCAAAAAGGAAAAGUCAAUGAGUGUCCUUUGUUGUGUGUUAUGUAUUGUCCAUUUUGUUAACCAUUUUAAAUAUAUUAAAAAAAAUAUAAAAAACAAACUUAUUUUUAUAAUGAAUUAUUUUCUGACAAAUCAGCAUUUAAUUUAUUUUAAGCAAAGGAAUAAUCCCUCCGCCUUCCCACAAAAUAUAUAUCAAAUAUAUAAAACGAUUAUAAAAAACCUGCCCAAAAAUGCAAAAUCAUUAAAGUGA